AUGGCUUUCGCUGUGUUCAUCUUCGCCUUACUUCUCAAAGUCUCCACCGCCCUUUCCAGUCAGAACAUAACCCAUCUAUUCUCUGCCGUCUUCAUUUUUGGCGACUCCACUGCAGAUUCCGGCAAAAACAAUUACAUAAAUACCCCAUUCAAAGCCGACCAUCCCCCAUACGGGGAAGACUUUCCUGGAAAAAUCCCCACCGGCCGGUUUUCAAACGGAAAACUGAUGUCGGACAUUUGGGCGUCUCUGCUGGGAAUAAAACAAACCGUUCCUCUGUUCCUGCAGCCUAAUAUCUCCGAUUUUGAUAUCCGCACUGGAGUGAACUUCGCUUCCGCCGGAUCGGGGCACGAUGACAUGACGGCUCAGAUUUCACAGAUGUUUCCACCCGUUGAACUUGAGGAAUCAAUUAAGAAAACUGGUGGAUACCCCGGAAGGUUUGCAGAACCACCAUACCACCGCCAUUCUCUAUACAAAUCUCAGAAACUACAACUAGAUUUCGUUUUGAUCUCUUUAUCUAUUCAAAUCUUCACCUUUGAACCACCUGCCCUUGGAGUUUCAAUGUUGUUGAAUAUCCUUGCAGGAAGGUCCAUCUUCAAGUCGUUAAAAUAUCCAACCAUAAAUCAGACCUACACCAACUAUCCAAUAAUGAACCUUAAACAGCAGGGGGAAUCUAGGAAUCAUUCCUGGACAUCUUGUUGGAAUCAACCCUAACAGCCUGGUGCAAGACAGAAAACAGAGCACAAAGAGGAAAGAACAGGGGAAGCUUUUUUGGGGCCAAAUUUUCUGAUUUUAUUCCAGUGCAUACAUCAACGAAAGAAGAAAACAUCCUACUUAACAAAGUAAAUCCUUAGAAACUAGCAACUGAACUACCCAUUAGCUGCACUACUAAAUAAAAGGACUUUAUGGCCAACAUGGCCUUUUACUUAUUCAAAUUAAAGACAAUGGACGAAAAUACCCCUGCAGUGAGUUUCUUUUUGGCGAGCGGUGCAUGUUGAUGUGAUUUUUGAAAUAGUUUCAAAUGAUCAAUGGAUGUUCUUGGCUCUUAAAAAGCAUCGUAUGAAAUGUUUUUGUGCCUUUUUUUAUGUUUUCCAAACCAUUAUUGUAUCUCAAGAUGAUAUAUUUCUGUUUGAUGCUUUAAUGAAACACGUCUUGAUCAAAUAACAGCCUUGAUUUGUUAACAAUAGGUGGAAACAUGUCUGUUUUCAACCCUAAAUGAGAUGAUGAUGAGGAUUUGGGACGAAGUGUAUGUCUUAUAAAAAGGAAUAGG